AUGAGUCCGAGGAGCCGAACGCACAGCGGGAAUAGGAGCAGGAACGCGAAUGAGGAGAGGGCCGGCCGGGGGGGGAGGAGGAGGUAUGGCGACGGGAGCAGCAGCGGGGGGAGUGCCCGUAGUGGGAGAAGUGGUCGUAGUGGGCGGAGUACCUCCCGAAGCGGCUACAGUCAUAGUGGAAGUGGAAGCCGAAGCCGAAGCCGCCCCCGAGGCAGCGGCGACGAGCGGCCCGGGAGGGACCAGGGCAACUGGGGAGGCAGCAAAACCUUUUCGCAGAGCCAAAAUAACCCAAUCGGGGGGAGUUACCCCCCAAAGGAUAGCAACCCCUAUGGGGGGUGGAAGAAGAAUACCUAUGAGGAGGGAAGGAGUAGCGGGCUGUACAGUUACACCCGUAAUUACGGUGGGGGUGCUACCACCGCACAGGACCAAACGGAUGGCACCUCUCCUGGUGAACCUCAGACGAUGAACGAAGAGGACGAAAGACACCUACAGGAUCUACUCAAGCAAUGUGAGGAAUUGAGGAAAGAUAGCAGGCAGGUUAUAAACGAGUGGGUGUUGAAAAAGUGUGCUACUUCCAAUCUGAGUCAGUCUAUAGCGGUCCAAUUUUACCAAAGGAUUUUGAAGUGUGUCUCCUUUAGGAACAAGCUAAAUUUGAUAUGCUCCUACAAUGAGCUCCUGAAAUGGCUCAUGCUGAAUGGGAGGAGGAAAGAGCUGGAAGACUUUAAAGUGUACGUCCAUUCGAUUAUCCAGGAUGGGUACACUUGCGCUUACUACAAGGACCACGGGGCUAUAAAUAUCCUUUUGCAGAUGGUGCACUCUUGGAGGGAGUUGCUCAUCACAAAUGUUAAUGAGACGAAGUUGCUGCUAAGUGUGUUUCACAAUGAGAGUGCCAAUGGGAAUGGUAGCGGCAAUGAGAAUGGCGCUGCUUGGGGAGGGGGUGGCACCCACAUUGAUUCAUACCACCAGGGAAUGCCAGACCAGUCCACCACCAACCCAAACGGGGGGAUGGGGGGCGCCCCCCAUAGUGAGCAGGGCUAUACGGAUAGCUACACGCAAAGAUACACCACCGAUUUUGAGAGGGGAAAGUAUGGACAUAGCGGCUACUUCAACGGAAGGAAUAUUCCCCCGCCCCCUCCCUCUCUUCUCCUUCCUCCCCCUCCUCCUCCACCUCUCCUCCCAUCAAAUGACUUCCCAAAGGUUAACAAGCCAUUUGACAGAUACAAAAAGAGAGAUUUCUUUCCGGAUGAGGGGAGGAAGAGCUACUUUAACCACCCAUGGGGGGGAGAAAACAGCAAAAGUAAAAACCCGGAAAGCAUUUCAGUAGGUUUUUUAGCAACUCUAUUGAAGUUUAUAUCGAAGAAGGGGAAGAAGCUGCAAAUUCCACUCGUCCCGUACACGCCCAUAGACAUCUCAUAUACGUAUCAAACGCCGCCGUCCACAAACACGUCCCAGCAACUGAGUGAAAAGAUAAACGAGUUUUACGAAGAGCUGGGGAACAUCAUGAAGGAUGAAGGAGGAGCAAGUGGCGAAAGUAGCGAUGCAUCCGAUUCGAGCGAAAGGAUGAAGGCCUACGAAAAUUAUAAGGCGCUGAAGAGCUUGGGCAGGAAAGAGAAAGUAGAAAGAAACUACUCCAGUGACACGAACACCACCUUCUCAUCUGUCGAGCUUUUUGACAACUCCAUGAUCGAGCUGCUAAACGAUAGUGAUGAUAAGCUUAGGAAAAAUAAAAAAAGCAAAAAUGUCAACUUUAGCCAAAUAGCCAUCGAAAAUGCGCAAAAUUGGAAUGAGGAGGGCAACCCGGGGACAUCCAGCUUUGAUUUUUACUCCGCCGGCAUGCCAGACCCGGGCGAGCAUGACGUGUUCGAGAAGUACCGGCGCAGCAAGGCCUACGUCUACCACGAGGCCAUUGCGCACAAGUUCCACGAGGUGAAGGGGAAGGAGCCCCGCCCCGUGUAGCAUGAAGCGUGAAGCGGCAGCGUUGGGCAGCAGCGUCUAUGUCGCGCUAGCGGCUCUAUCGCGUCAGCGGCUGUGUCCCGUCAGCUGCUAUGCCCCGUUAGCGGCUGUGUGUCCUCCCCCCUGUGCGUAGUUAAUCGCCUACCGCG